AGCCGCAUAAUGCAGCAGCGACUGAUGCUACCAGCGACUGACUGCCUGCAGUGAUCUGUGCCGCACAGACGCAUUGUGCACCAGCCAGUGACAUCAGCGGUCUCCUGUCAGCAUCUCUGAGGAUCAUACUGCUCGGCAGUGACACCAGUGAGGAGGAGGUGGCAGUCGGCUCCCGGGUCUCCGCUAGUCUAUCCACCUGCUCCAUCGUCACCCCCUCCUCUGCCUGGAAUCCUCCGCUCACUGGCACACAAGGGGGCUUGUCCUGCUGGAAGGCAGCGCUCCGCCUGGUCACAACUUCUCUCCCUUAUGUGCUUUGUGACAGCAGCGGGCAGCAGCGAGGCUCCGGGGGUGCAGUUGUCCGAGUGACCUUGCACAGUGCUCAGCUGGUGCAGGCAGGAGGGGGAGCCCCGUUCUUGUCCCUCCACACCCAGCAUAGAGUCUGCAGCAUGCCUGCAGCAUGGACUGCGCUGAUCUGUCUCUCCUGCCUCAGCUUCAUUGCUAGGGACAGAGUCGAUGGCUUUAAUCUGGAUGUGACACACACGUUGAUCAAGGAUGGGGACAAAGAGAGUUUAUUUGGCUUCUCCGUCGCCCUUCACAAACAGCUAAGCCCGGAACCCAUGAGCUGGUUGUUAGUUGGAGCUCCACAGGCAACAGCGUUACCAAAGCAGUUAUCAAAUCGGACGGGAGGGCUUUAUGGAUGCCCGUUGACUGCAGAGGGUAAAGACUGUAAACGACUUGACAUUGACGAUGGAGUGGACAGGAAUCGGGAGAGUAAAGAAAACCAGUGGCUUGGGGUCACCGUGAAAAGUCAGGGUCCUGGGGGUAAGAUUGUGACUUGUGCUCAUCUAUACGAGUCACGACAGAGGGUGAGCCAGCCCUCAGAAACCAGAGACGUCAUUGGUCGCUGCUACGUGCUCAGUGAAGAUCUGACCAUCAGAGAAGACCUGGAUGGAGGAGAGUGGAAGUUCUGCGAAGGUCGACCACAAAGCCAUGAGAUGUUUGGUUUCUGCCAACAAGGGAUGUCAGCUGGAUUUACCUCAGACAACCAUUAUAUCAUGUUUGGGGCCCCUGGAACCUACAACUGGAAAGGUGAGAUGCGGGUGGAGCUUUUUAAUCAGAGCGCUUUGGAACUUGGGACUUACGAUGACGGUCCCUAUGAAGUUGCUGGAGAGAACAGUCAGAAACCUGAAAUGAUCCCACUUCCAUACAACAGUUAUCUUGGUUUCUCAGUGGACUCAGGGUGGGGGGUUACAGGGAGGAACAAGCUGAGCUUUGUAAGCGGGGCCCCCCGUGCAAAUCACACAGGUGCUGUGGUUAUUCUGCGUCGGGACAUCGGAAGCCAACUCGUUCCAGAGCUCACUCUUUGGGGAGAGACUCUAGCUUCAUCCUUUGGGUACUCUGUAGCAAUGGAGGAUCUCAAUAAUGAUGGUUGGACAGAUCUGCUGGUAGGUGCCCCUAAUUUCUUCUCACGCAAGGAAGAGAUUGGCGGUGCUGUCUAUGUGUACAUAAAUAAAGCUGGCAAACUGGAUUCUUCCCCCCCUAUCCGACUGAAUGGAACAGACGGAUCCAUGUUUGGAUUAACUAUCGGUAGCUUAGGGGAUAUCAACCAGGAUGGAUUCAAAGACUUUGCAGUUGGAGCACCAUUUGAUGGAAGCGGAAAAGUGUUUAUAUAUCAUGGAAGCCAAACAGGAUUAGUGACCAAACCUGCACAGGUCCUGGAUGGAGUAAGUGUUGGUAUAAGCACUUUUGGCUAUUCGCUGUCUGGGGGCCUCGAUAUUGAUGAAAACUCUUACCCAGACCUUGUGGUGGGAUCCUUAUCUGAUACCGUGGUCCUUUACAGAUCCCGCACUGUUAUCCGUGUCCAUAAGCAGGUUACUGUAUCCCCGCAAAACAUAGAUCUGGAGCAGCAAAGCUGUAAGCAUGGACCCGGGAUAUGUGUGGAAUUUAGAGUGUGUUUAAGCUACGGUGCCUUCCCCACAACCUACAAUCCAAAAAUGGUUCUGAAAUGUGUAUUUGAGGCCGAGGCAGAUAAGAAACAACAAGGAAAGGCCAGCCGGAUAUUUUUUCUACACCGCCAACCAGCUGAUUGGGAUCACCAAUUCAGUAGCACAGUGGAGCUUCACAAACAGUCCGACAGCCGCUGCAUUACCGCUACAUUCCAACUGCAGGAAGACAUUACAGACAAACUUCGACCAAUCCCAGUCACUCUGACAUACAACAUACUUGAAGCACGGCACAGGAGGCAAUCUUCAGUGGAAUUGCUGCCCCCUCUCAUGCCUAUUCUCAGCGAAGAGGAACCUAAUUUCUACCACACAGAGGUGAACUUCCUCAGAGAAGGCUGCGGGGAAGACAAAAUUUGCCAGAGCAACCUGCAGCUGAACUACACUUUCUGCUCUCGAGUGGGCAAAACAGAGACGUUUAUACCUCUGCCUGUGGAGAACAAGGUUCAGGUGUUUUCACUGACUGACCAGAAGGACAUUGUGCUGAAGAUCACAGUUAAUAAUUUUCCAUCGGACCCACUCAAUCCACAUCUUAACGGAGACGAUGCUCAUGAAGCUCAACUCAUUGCAUCCUUCCCUGACACAAUGUCCUACUCUGCUGUCCGUCCAGCAGUCUUACAUAUGGAAAAGUCAGUGGUUUGUAUUUCCAACGAUAACGCAUCCCAGGCAGUAUGUGAACUCGGCAACCCAAUGAAGAGAAAUGCUGAGAUAACGUUCUAUAUGGUUAUCAGCACCCAGGGGAUCACUAUAGAAACUACAGAACUGGAGGUCCAACUUGAACUGACUACGAUAAGCGAGCAGAUAAAUCUAACUACAGUGUAUGCCAAAGCCAAAGUGAUUAUUGAGCUACCACUGUCUGUCUCUGGGGAGGCAACUCCUAACAGACUGUAUUAUAGCGGGGAGGUAAGGGGAGAGUCAUCAAUGAAAAAUGAAGAUGAUGUGGGCAGCCCUGUGGAUAUUGAAGUGACUGUGUCUAACAGAGGAAAGUCUUUGCGUACACUGGGUUCUGCAUACCUGAACCUGAUGUUGCCACAUGAAAUGUCCAACGGAAAAUGGCUACUGUACCCAAUGAAGAUUCAACUGAAGGAGAAAGAGCGCUCUGGUCAAAGUAUGGAGUGCAGUCCCUUCAGUGCAAUCAACCCUCUCAGACUGGACACCGUGUCAGCAAACACAAAUUCCUUGACGCCGGUUCAGAGUCAGCGUUCGGCAAGCCGAUGGCCCCUUGUAUAUCCAGUCAAGAAGAAGGAUGUAGUUUUGGACUGUGAUCAAGGAUCUGCUAAUUGUACAAUAUUCCAAUGUCCUCUGUAUAGUUUUGACCGACAGGUGGUGCUAACUGUUCAUGGACGGCUUUGGAAUAGCAGCUUUUUAGAGGAUUACCCGUCUGGUAGCUCCAUAGAGGUGGUAAUCAGAGCAAACAUUACUGUGAAGUCCAGUAUUAAAAAUCUGGUUCUGAGAGAUGCUACAACCCAGAUUUCUGUAAUGCUGUACUCUGAUCUGGAUGUAGUGGCAUAUGGAGGAAUUCCCUGGUGGAUUAUACUUAUUGCAGUCCUGGCUGGGAUACUACUGCUCUUGCUUUUAGUUUGGAUCCUGUGGAAGUGUGGGUUUUUUAAGAGGAAGCAUUACCAAGAUGAGAAGCUGCCACAGUACCAUGCCGUGAAGAUCCCACGGGAAGAGCGACCUAUGGUCCUGGAAGAAAAGACAGGGACCAUUAAAAAGAAAGACUGGGUGACAAACUGGACUGAGGAUGGGUCCGUACACAACUGUUCCUAACCUCCUCUACGUUCCUUCCUCUUUUACUCUGAUCCUUCUUGUGAACUGUCCUUAUGGCAAGGCUGGAUCCUUUGGUUUUGGGUGGUUUCUUAUAUUUGGUUUUAUGCUGUUUUGUAUAUUGAGAAAUUACCAUAUUUGGAGACAUUACAGCUUCGGCUUGAUCUCUGCUGCUUGAAUCGAUCAGCUCCAUCAGCCGCCUCAGUGGCCUCAGCACAUUACAGACUUUGGAGUGAAGGACUUAGAGCUGUUUUUAAAGCUUCAGCUAAUAAUGUUGGCUUCCCAGUAAGAUCAUGUAAAGCACUGUGAGUGCUUUUGAAAAUGAAGAUCACUAUUGAUGGAUCUGUUCCUGCAGUCAAUGGCACUGAUACUGUAGCAUCACUGGUUGCCUGCAAGUCUAGAGCCCUGGAGACUUUCAGGAGUGUACAGAUGGGUAGUUGGACAUUAAGUGAAAUAAUAAGACUUUAUCUAAUACAAUAAGAACCUGACAUUAUGUUAUGUAUAUAUUUGUGAGCGUGUGUGGACAUAGGCUUAUUAACUCCAUAUCCAACUUCUAGAGCAUAAAUCUGUAUUAAAUCUCAGUUGUGAUUGGUUUGAGCAUCAUAGAGCAGUGCCAGUCACAGAGAAUGAUUACAUGGAUGGGUGAAAUUGCCCCAAAAUAUAGGAAUAUCUUUGAGUGCGUUUAUGGGUGCCAUAUUGACAUAGAGUAAAUGGGAUGUGUGAAUGUUUCAUGCGACAAUCCACGCUAACUUAUUAGCAUGCAGGUACGAUAGAUGAUCUAGACAGGAAAACCCCAAAUAAAACAAUACGUUUAUUUUA